CCGAUUUCUUCGCUUUAGGUCUCCACAAGUUCAAAAGGACAGCUCAAAAUGGCUUCUUUUUCUUCUCUUAUCAAAGCUCCUAAAGCCGGAAAAUGUUGAUGACGUCGCCGGAAAAGCACCUUUUUUGCGGGCCUGCAAUUCUUUCAUGGUCAUGGAAAAGGUUUCAGCAAAAGAGCCAUGGCAAGAUUGCACCUUUUUCUUCUCUUAUCAGAGCUCAUAGGUCCUGCAAUUCUUGAAAUAAACCAUUGAGCUAAAAAACGGCUGUCACACGCGCACAAAUCUCUCUCUAAAAGUGUUUCUCUUUUCGGCUUCAGCUCCGAGUGGAAGUUUCUCCGACACAUUCAAGGCGUCGGACGUCUCCUCCUCCAUCGCCUCUAUGAUAACACCGUCAAACGAACCUUGACGCCGACGUUGCUAGCCAUCACUGCAGACUAUUAGGCCGUCCACUUUCCCUCACCCUUCUCUGUCCCAUUCCUCACUACGCCGUCAGCUCGGCCUUUGUCAUCGCCCUCCUGCUCGCCCCAUUCAACUCAAGAUAGCAGGAAUCACUUGGUUAAGGAGGUGAUGGCCGGGUGUAACGGGAUCACCAUGUUUGAUGGAGCCGUUACGCCGCCAUUACCGUGUUUUUUUGGGUCGCCAUUUGAUGCAGAGGAAGAAUGCCUUUCGCCUCUGCCCCAGGUUCGGUCUUCGGAGUUCGAGUUCGGGCCGGCAGUGAUCAGGCAGGCGAUCAGCUCGGGAGAUUUACAGGAUGGCCUUACAUCUGCCGUUAAGGCCCCACUUUUCGACUUCAGUCCCGACGGAAUAUUCCCCGACACAUUCACGGCGUCAGAUGUCUCCUCGUCCAACGCCUCUGACGAGGCGGCGGCCACCUUCCUCCACCAGCCUUAUGGUAACGCCUUCACUCAUGCCUCAACGGCACCGUUACCAUCCGUCAACCAAGGCCCUAACGCCGUCAACUUCCCCUCCCAUUUCUCCAUCCCCAUGCGCGCCUCGCCGUCAACCCACCCUUCCAUUCCGUCGACGCCCUCCUUCUUGUCCUACUCUCCCGAAGAUAACGGCGAUUCUUCACUUAACGACAUCAUGGUCGGAUUUAACGGGGUCACAGUGUUUGACGGGGCCCUUACGCUGCCGUUGCCUUAUAUGUUCGGGCCGCCAUUUGAUGCAAAGGAAGAGUGCCUCUCGCCGUUAGUGGGGUCGGAAUAUUCCGUUUUACCCUGUGGUUCCAGUUAUGUUGGGAGGGGGCAAUUCGUCACAGAGAGCAUGGGGACAUCAGGCUUGACGGCGGGGUUUGGGAAUAUUCCGUCAGAAUUUGGGAGUAUUCCAUCCGUUACAAGCCCAAGGGUUCGGUCGCCGGAGUUUGAGUUUGGGCAGGAAGUGAUGCGACAGGCAUUCAGUGCCGGGGACUUACAGAGCUUACAUGAAAGCCAUAUGGUGAACGGUUGUGGGAGUCCAUUAGGCUCAGAUGUGAACGCCACCUUGGAAGAAACCAACUUCAAAGUGGGACGCUACUCUGUGGAGGAGAGGAAACAAAGGAUCAACAGAUACAUAAAGAAGAAAAAUGAAAGGAAUUUCAACAAGAAAAUAAAGUAUGCAUGCCGAAAAACCCUGGCUGAUAGCAGACCGCGAGUGCGAGGGCGAUUCGCAAAGAACGAUGAAUUCGGAGAUGCAGUGAUGAAACCCAAUGGAGCUAAGCAUGAUUAUGGGGAUGAAGCAGAUCAUGCCGAGAGAGAAGACGAAUUUGUUGACUCAGACAUAUUCUCCCACAUCAGUGGUGUGAAUUCCUUCAAAUCAAACCAGCUCUUCCAACCUUGGAUUUAAAUCCCUACGCCCUCGCUUGAAUAUCAGAUGGUCCAGAUCCAAUUUUGUUAACAAUGUGACAAGGAAUUUGGGAGCUGUCGGAUGUCUCGAGAAAAUCUGGACCAUCAAGA